CAGCCCCCGCUUUCUCUCCUGAUCAAGAUCCGUGUGGGUGUUUGUAACCUUGAGCCAAAACUGCUUGCCCAGCAGCUACUGAUGUGCACAUUGCUUCAGCUGAGCAGGCGAUACCUAACCGUGCAGAGCAAGCAUCUACUGGACUACUGAGACCCAGGAUCCACACAUUGGGCCAAGGCAAAAACAUGUUGUGCCGAUGAAGCUGACGAUAGUAAUAUAAUAAACUCUUUGGAGACAAACUGGAGGGCAUCCUGGUGGAAACCAAAGAUAAGAAGAAAGCCACGCAUAAAGCGUAUAGGAGAGCAUUGGUCCCACCCCACUACGUUCUGCCCUGGCCCAGAGAUAUGACAGAAGGUUGGGUGGAUUGCCCCUCAUUGGGGCCCGGCUGGCAGCGCCGUGAAGUCUUACGCAAAAAUGCAUCAAGACCAGGACAGUCAGAUACCUAUUAUGUAAGCCCAAGAGGAGAGAAGAUCCGCAGCAGAGUGGAGCUGAUGCGGUUGCUGGGGGGCUCACGGGACCUGACCGACUUUGAUUUCAAGAAAGGGGUUUUCAUUGAGCCAAGUGCCGAGCCCGCUCCACCCCUUCCACCCCCUGCAGAAAUCCGCCGGAAGGUCAAAAAGGGCAGCAAGAGGCGACUCCCUUCUCUGCCAGAAGCCACCCCUCCGCUCAAGAAACCUCCCGACCUGCCUGAUUUUGAGUUGCCUCCAGACGAGAAGCCUCCGAAGCUAGAGCUGGAGAUCCCGACAGAGACCCCUGCCAGUAUCCCAGACCAGCAGCCGCAGCCUCUGGCACCCGUGGAGCAGUUGACCCCCAAACCCCACAAAAGACGCCACCAGAAACAACCUUCCCCCAUCCUUGCCGAAGGCAAAAUGGGAGAUGCGACAAUGCCAGAAAUUUUCCCGGAGGAAACUAUUGCGUGCUGUGCCAGCUGUCAAGGCCAGUUCCCAGGAGUGAUGCUUCCAACCCAGAGACGCUGCCGUUGGCUCUGCCCAGACUGCAGAGCUCAGAGAAGAGACUUCAACCGAGAGCAGAGAUAUUACAAGCAAGUUGGCUGUGGGGUGUGCCAAGCCUGCCAGAUGUCUCAGGACUGCGGCAUCUGCACAGUGUGUGUCGUGCGAGCCAAGAGCCCCGAGCUCCGCAUUGGCAUCAAAUGCCUGCUGCGACGAUGCCUGAGGAUUGUCAAAAAGGGUCUUGAGUGUGGUCUGUGUCAGGCCUGCAAAAUAACCGAAGACUGUGGGACCUGUUACAUCUGUGUGCGGAGGCAGAAGCCCGGGAUGAAGCGUCAGUGGAAGUGUUUGAAGCGCCGCUGUCUCAGACGCAAGAAAAAAAUCCUGCCAAAGAAGGAGGGCUACAGCUCUAAGAAGCUUGUGAUGGAAGCCUCCCCGCCAAAGGAUACCUUCACCCAAGCAAGGCGGCAGCAGAAGCGGCCAGCAUCAGCAACAGACGGGCCUCCUCCCAAAGCCCAACGAGCCCCCAGGCGCCGCCGCAAGAGGCUCUCAGCAGUACCAGUGGUGCCCACAGACGACCCCACUCCCAAGGCUCCGUUGGCCUCUGGCCGCCGCCGUCGGAAGCACUCUGUUACCACAAAAUGGAAGCCCACCAUGGAACGGGAUCCUGGAGGUGUCUCUAUGGUAUGGCAUAUGAAGAAGCAGCAGUUGGGCACAGUGAAAGAGCGGAAGAUGGUUGGCCGUCUGCCCAAACAUCCCACAAACAAGCUCAAGAACAGUGUGCACUCAUCGAAAAGCCGGCAGAACCGGAAGUGUGGCGAGUGUGAAGCCUGCCAGCUGAAAAUUGACUGCGGCCGCUGUGACUUUUGCCAGGACAAGCCCAAAUUCGGUGGGGGAAACCUCAAGCGCCAAAAGUGCCGGUGGAGACAGUGCCUGCAUUUUGCGAUGAAGCGGCUGCUUCCCGAGGAGUGGAGCAGCCCGGAGGGGGCGGCGGUGGCAGCGGGCUGGAAGGUCAGGAGGAGGAGGAACGCCUUCGGUGGCCGUAGCCGCAAGCCAGCCAGGAUCAAGCAGGUGGGGCGGCGGGGAGCCAAGGGGCGUGGCCAGAAGCGCCGGGCAAAAGCCAGCUUCCAGCCAGAGGCAGAGGAGAUGCCCUCCAUCAGCAAACCACUCGAUCUGUCAAAGCCGCAGCACCUAGAGGUGCCCAAUCAACAGCCACCGAAGCUGAAGGAGGCCGAUAAAGAACGGGCCCAGGACAGUGCAAAGGACCUUUCUGUCGCGCCGCAGCAAGUCAAAGGGAAGCCACAAGUACCACAGCAACUCAGAGAGGAGACGAAAGUCCUCCGCCCACCCACCCCACCCACCCAGCUCCUGGUGAAGGAAUCAGAUACCAGGUUACCCGCCAUCAACCUCCUUCUUGCCACCUCUCCCAAGGUCAAACAAGAAUGUGCUGAACCAGGUGGAGACCAUCGCCCAUUGAGUGACUCUCCAGUAUUGGCAGGGCUGCCCCAGUCUAAGAGUGCCAGGGAGACCCAAGGCUGCGAGGUGGUCGUGUUGGACGACGAAGAAGACGACGAAGUGGAACAGUUGCAGCAACUACGCCCCCCAGUGAUAAUGGAGAUCUACAGUUUGGGCGGUGUGCAGCCCCUGAAUCAGCUGGACAGCGUCCUGCGAGAGUUCCUGGCUGAGCUGCAUGAGAUUCCUCUCCCUGCCCAUUGGGAGGUACUGCCCUUGCUGGGCGGCCCAAAUCUGCGCCUGGUGCAGCGCUCGAAACAUUCCACCAUGUCGUCAGCAGUCAUCCACAUUCGCCCAGGCCUCUUCUUCCACGUAGUAGUGCGGGACCUCCCUGUGCCUCCCGAGCAUGAACUCUAUGCCAGUCAUCCCACCCGCCUGACCACGGUUGACGAAGUGGUGGAACUGAUUGGUGACCUAGAGGCUUAUCGGCUUUGUCCUGGCUGGCCGGCAGGCUGGCAUGCUGGUGAACGGUCCCAGGCCUGCGACGUUCUUGUGUACUCGGGCUGCUGCCCUCAGUGCCGGCUUAACCCUUGGCCAUCAGGAAGCGGGACCCACUAAGAGCUGGAGGGGUGGGGAAAGGAAUUCUGGAGGCUGGACUUGGCCCUGAGAGGCAGUAAAUGGGCAGAAGUUUUAUUUUGACACUGGAUAUGGCUUGGAUAUCUGGAAGGAUCAUUCCUGGCCACAAAUAGCUUUAUAUUUUUCCCCUCUUCAGUAGCUUGGCGCAAAAAGGCCUCUUUUCCCCCUCUUGUUGUCUUCUGUGUCCUCCUGCCGCCCCGUAAGCUGCUUAGACUCUUGUCUUGCUUUGAUCAUUUGCUCACCUCCUGCCAAGAGGGCUGCAUUGUGAACUGUGGCACGCCACAGUCGACUGUCUUGAUCACCACUUUUCAGCACUUUUACAGUUCAGACAUUUGGCAAAGUAGCACUAGACAUUGGUCUGAAUGGAAUGUGCGGGACCUGUUUAUGCAUCCAGCUUGGACUCUCCUCUCUGUCGUGUAUUAGCAUCUUCUCUCACUUGCCUAACCCUUUUGCUGUUGAAUUUAGCAGAGUUAUAGAAGGCAUUUAGGUCUGCAGUAUGACCAUCUCCAGAUACAGGAAGGGUAGGAUUUUAGAAAAGGAUCUUCUUCUCCAACUUGAAUGCAUCCUGGCAAAGACGCUAGCCCUUCCGAUCCCCAAUAUGCAUCUAAAAGUUGGUUGCCUCGGGCAUGUCUUUCUGUUUCUGAGUUUGGAUGAUUGGAGGACCAGGAGCAUUCUGUUUUUUGGGACACAGGACAGGUGAAAUAGACCUUGCUGGAAGGGGGAGAGGCAGCUGGCUGGAUCCCCCUCCCAUUUGCAGAGAGGUUCCAACAUGCCCUGUUCAGGGAAGUUCUACUGAAGCCAUAGCCGUAUGUCCCUUGCUGACUUGUAGGGGGGGGGGGGUUGCCUCUUCCUUCCAUGCGGUUGGCGGCAACAUCAGCAAACACCCUCCCAGACUUUUCCCUCACGGCACUGAUUGGUUUGGGGGUGGGGGGGGAUUCUUCUUUUUUCCCUCAGAAGGGAGUGAGAUCUACCCUUGAGGAAUUAUCAAAAUCAAAACUGGUCUCUAUAUUUUUUUUAAGGUAUUAAAAAACUUUAAUGAGCAAA